AUGCCCCCCGGUGGGAGACCUCGCGCCCGGGGCGGACACGGGGGCGGUACUGCGCGUGGCCAGAGGCGCAGCAUGGUGCUGAAGCGUGCUCGGCCGGCGGAGAACUCCUGCUAUUGGCUGCACCUCCCAGGGGAGGGGGUGGAGGUGGUGGGCGGGGGCACUAAAAAGGCAAUCAAGGAACCUGGAGGGAGGCAAGACAGGACCAAGAGGAGGCAAGACAGGAUCUCAGGAGGCUUCAUCUUCACUGCAGGAUCAGGAGCUGAGUUCCUUCAGAGAGUCAGAAUCAGAUCAGGCUGUUUUCUGUAUUUUCUCAGUGUUAAAGUUCAGGCCUGGACAUCUGUGGAGUUCACAGAUCUGCUGCGUCUGCUGCUGUUCUUCACACCCUCUGCAGGAAUGACUUCCAACACUAAAGUCCUGAGCUGGUCAGAUGUGAACAUGCCCAAACAGCUGGAGGCUUUCUCUCUGUCUGAACAUCCCAGAGUGACCUGCGCUGACCUGCGAGGCUGGAUCAGCCCUGCUGGACACUCCUAUACACCCGCCGGACUGCGCUCAGUGUACACCCACGCCUCGUUGGACGUCACGCUGGAUAAAUGUGCAGGAAGCCCCGCCCCUACUGUUCCAGAAGAGGAAAACAACAGAGACAAAGAGUCCGGGGCCAAACAGCAACAGCAGCAGCACCUGAGCGCCCCCCAGAGGCACCGGCGGGUGGCGGCGAACGCCCGGGAGAGGCGGCGGAUGCACGGUCUGAACCGGGCUUUCGAUAAGCUGCGGAGCGUCAUUCCGUCUCUGGAGAACGAGAAGAAGCUCUCCAAGUACGACACGCUGCAGAUGGCCCAGAUCUACAUCGCCGAGCUGUCCGAGCUGCUGGAGGGCGUGGUCAGGUCCGAGUGCAGGAGCCCCUAUCAAACGGAGCGGAUCAUAAGGACAUGUCCGGUGGAGACGCCCACUCUGGCUCCGGCGUGCCUCGAACGAGACGCCGGCGUCCCUGAGGGACGUCUGCUCAUCCUGUCCACACCUACUGUCCACUACAGUCCAGAGAAGAAGAGCGAGGUCAUCACACUGUCCAGCGCCAGCGACGGAGAGUCGUCCCACUUCAGCGACGCCGAGGACGGACAGUCCAGGGGGUGCUGACCCGGUGCAUAGUGGUGCAUACGUGCGAAAAGAGGCACUCUUAUGAUGAUGUCAUCUGAUCUGUCUGUGUUUUAGUAGACGUUAAGAGGGACCAAAUAGUGCGGGUAGAUGUUUAGUAGACUAUUGAGAAUUAUUACCUGAGAAAAAUGGACAAAAAACUAAGAAAAAGAAAAGAAAAGAAAAGACGAACAACCUGCAACGGCACACAGAAUGUUAACCAUGGCUGCGUCCCAAUUGCAUACAAUACACUUAGUCUGUUUUACAUAAAAUUGGAUACUUCUAAACAAUACUCAACUAUAUAUUUUGAGUUAGUUGAACAUUUGUGGGCACAUAUACUGUACUAUUCAAACUGAGAUCUUUGAGUUGAACCAACAUGUUGAACCACAAUAGUGGCAGCUUCUUUUUUUCAUUGGCGUCCAUUGGUCACAAUCUAUUUGCAUACUGGGUGUGUCCAACAGUUUCUGACAGACUAACACUCACCAUCAGUGUGUAGUGAUUCCCCCUGGGCUAACUUAGAAAUAAAAAUCAACUUUCCCUUUAGUUGUACAUCAAUAACUUGAUGUUCUAAGUUGUGCUAACUUUUAUGUACAGUUUUCAUUACCCCUUAACUCACUUUUAAGGCAACCGGUUUUCUCAAUAUUUUAAAAGUAAAUUAAACUUAUCCAGGCGCACAGUGUAAUACGAUAAAGACUAUAAAUUGACACUAAACUCAUUUAUUUUCUCAUCACUUUUAUCCAAACUACACUGCAUACUUCAUACUCCAACUAAAUCCUAGCUAGUCUUACUAAUUUGCUAAUUCGUACGCAUUUGGGACGCAGCCCAUCUCUUCUCCAGGCCCUGUAGCUGCACUUUAUUGGCUGAGCAUAGCCUGCAUUUUGAUUGACAUUUCCUUUUUUUUUUUGGAUUUAAGUCAACUGCAAAUGAAUCAACUGCUAUUUAUGUACGUUCUUUGUAUCUGUUUUUUUU